UACAGAAUAGUUCCGCACGGACUGCAAGGAACGUAACCGCGGAUACGAAAUCCACUAGGGAUUGGGGCGUCCAAUGUAGUAUUUCGCAGUGUUUAGUACAGGCCCCUGGGGGGGUUAAUUACAGUCGUCUGAAUAAAUAUUACUUAAAAUUCUUGUUCAGGAGGUAAAACUGCGUAGGAAACCCGCAACUACCAUAGUCUAGGCCACUGUGGAAUAGUACCCUAGAUCUACCGUGAUGUCUUGGGCCUAGAGCACCCAAUCAGUCAAUCAAUCAAUCAGUCAUUAAAUAAUUCGCAAAGCACCAACUGCAGACUUGGUGAGUGAGAGGUAUUGGAAUUAAAGUUACGAUACAAAAAUUAUCAAAAAGAAACUAUUCCUUGGACUUAUUGGGAACUUGUGAGGACUGUCAUUCAUUUUAUUUUGCUAUUCUUCCAAACGGAGGAAAUUUCCUUCGGAUCCUAACUAGGAGUGAGUAUUUUUCAUAGAACAUCCUGGAAAUGGAAGCUGAAGAAUCGUCAUCAUUGCUGCUACUCAAAGAAGAGAAGGUGGAUCUGGAGGAGGGUCCAACUGAAAACGCAGAUGACAACUCUUCGUUUGCAGACCCCUUCUUAGAAGUCAAGGCAGAACCGGAAUUUUUUGACAAUGAUGAUAAUUGUGGGAGUUUUACUCAAUCAGAAACUGAUGAUAGCAAUUAUGAUGGCUGUGACACCAGUGAGGAAGAUAUUGAUACUGAUGAUGAAAGUGAGACUGACGGUGAAUCAGUAGAUGAAAGUGAUGAUGUGAAUCCCGAUGGUGAUAGCAGUGAGGAGGGAGACUGGGUUCAGGUAUUAGCUAAUGAAGCUGGACCACCUACUGUAAGAUACACAGGCCAUUGUGGACCAAUCCAUCCCCCACAACAUGAUGCACUACCAAUAGAAUACCUGAAGCUCUUUAUUACAGAUAGUUUUGUUCAGAAAAUUGUUGAUGAAACUAAUUUGUAUGCAAGUCAAUGGAUACAGUCCCAUACUGAGUAUCUACAGCGAAAGAAAAGGUCUAUAGUCAACUUAUGGAUCAAACAAGGUCAAACAUUUGUGAAUGAAAUAUUGGCUUUUUUGGGGGUUAUUUUGAAUAUGGGGCUUAUCAAGAAACCAACUCUGAGGUCUUACUGGGAUUGUACAAAUUCAAGCCAGGCAACACCAUGGUUCUCUAACCACUACAAUAGAGAAAGGUUUGAACUGUUACUCAAGUUUCUGCAUUUUGCAGACAAUUCAAAAAUUCCACAACCAGAUCACCCAGCAUAUAAAUUGUACAAAAUACAACCAGUUAUUGAUCACUUCCAGAGGACUUUCAAAAGUCAUUACUACCCUGAGAGAAAAAUAUCCAUUGAUGAAAGCAUUAUUGGUUUUAGAGGUAAGACCCCUCGUUUGCGACAGUAUAUGCCAAACAAGCAUCAUGCUAGGUUUGGAAUAAAGGUUUGGUGUUUAUGCGAGGCAAGGAGUGGUUAUACUUAUGCUUUUGAAGUAUAUAGGGGAACAGCUGGUAUGCAUGUAAGUGAUAAUGGGGCCAAAUAUUACCUUGUUAUGAGGCUUCUUGAGAAAGCAGGUUUAUUUCAUCGUGGUCAUCACCUAGGUCUUGACAAUGACUACUUUUCUUCACCUAAGCUGUUUGAAGAUCUUUGGCAGAAUGGUACAACAGCAACUGGAACAGUUCGCACUAACUGUAAAGGACUGCCUAUGGAUGCUGUAAAGAAAAAACUGAAAAACAGAGAGGUUUCAGAGCGUAGGAAGGGUCCUUUGUUAUGUGUGGCUUACAAGGAUGGCAAGCAAACACCUGUUCUUCUAUCUACUUCCUCAAAAGGAGGCUAUAAAUUUGUCAAAAGAACAGGCAAACCUGACAAAAUUGUUCCACAAAUUGUUGAUGACUACAGUCAUGUCAUGGGUGGUGUAGACUUGAAAGACACCAAGCUUUACUCAUGCCUAGCUGAACGCAAGACACUGAAAUGGACUAACAAGGCAGCCUUUUCACUGAUUGGGACUGCUGUCCUCAACAGCUAUAUACUGUAUGCUGCUAAUACAUCAAGAAGCCAUCCCUUGGAUAGAUAUAAGUUCAUGGUUUCCUUAGUCGAGUCGCUUGUCCAGAACUACGAACCGGUAAAAAAUCAUCAGGAAAAGACGUACACUGGAACAAAUCCAGGCAGCUUCACUCUCACCUGAUCCAGUGGGGAGUCCCUCCCAUGUAGCAUUAUCUGCAGAUGAUGGGCAUAAGAUUAUAAAGCUCCCAGUGGGGAAGAAGAGGAACUGUAUAGCAGGUCACCCUAAAAGGGUCCGCUCAGGCUAUUUUUGCCCAAAAUGUGAUGGAGGAAUUUGCCCUGUAUGCUUUGCUGUUUUUCACAAUAAAAUGAAACACUAGCCAUCAAAUGAAA